UGAUGAGCGAAAGUCAUAGAGAGAAGAAGAAGAAGAAGAAGAGUUAGAAAUGGUCAAAGAGUUUUGAGUUUUAGAAAUAAUUGAAUGAAAGAGAGAGAAGGAGAAUGAAAGAAAUGGAGCUGUGCCGGUCGGAAAUCGGAAAGCCGGUGAUUGUUCUCAUAUGCGGUACCUUAGUCUACUACCACUGCGCCCAUCGGAACUCGAGCCUCGUUUCUCUCGUCUCCGAUGUCCUCAUCGUCCUCCUCUGCUCUCUCGCCAUUCUCGGCCUUCUCUUCCGCCAAAUGAACAUCUCGGUACCUGUGGAUCCACUUGAGUGGCAGAUUUCGCAGGACACUGCGAAUAGCAUUGUCGCGUGGAUAGCUAAUACUGUAGGAGCGGCUGAGUCUGUGUUGAGGGUUGCGGCCACGGGGCAUGACAAGAGGUUGUUUUUCAAGGUAGUGUUUUCUCUUUACGUGCUAUCAGUUUUGGGACGGUUGGUUUCAGGUCUUACAGUCGCCUAUGCUGGAUUAUGCUUAUUUUGCCUUUAUAUGUUUGCGGAGAGCAGUCAGUCGAUCAGUUCAUGUUUGUCUCGUUUUCUGGGGAGAAACAAUGGCCUUACAGCGGAAGAUACUGAAGAGCAGGAGGAUACUAUGUAGUCAUUGUUUUUCUAAUCGCCGUGUAUAAUCUUUGUAUAUCUUUGUGCGGCUGUAAUUCUAGCGACUAUAGUUAGCUUUUGAAAUAUACACGACAUCGUGCCUGACCCAUCUUAGUGUGGAUCGUACAUUAUUUUUGAUCAAAUGCACAAUUUUACCAUACUAAUUGUUAAAUAAAUGGCUCUAUUGUUCUAUAACAUUUUCAGUAA